AUGACCCCUCCCUCCACCGUUCGCGCCCUCAACCGCAUUUCAAAUCCUUCGACCGUUGCGUGCUGGAACUCCGCCAUCCGAGCGUCCGUACGCGACGGCCUCCCCCGCGAAGCCGUGCUCGUCUACCGCCGCAUGAAGCAGAACGGAGUCCGACCCAACAACCUCACCUUUCCCUUCCUCCUAAAAGCCUAUGCGGGGCUCCCGCAUGCUCCCGCUCCUGCGGUCGCCCACGCCCACGUCGCCAAAUCCCCAUUUUGCGACGACAUCUUCGUCGGAGCAGCGCUGGUCGACUUGUAUGUGAAGAGCCGAGAGGUGGACGUCGCGUUGAAAGUGCUCGACGGAAUGCCCCAGAGAGAUGUUGUUGCUUGGAACACCGUGAUCGUGGGCGUGUCUCAAUUGGGUUCUUCUCUCCGAAGAGCCCUCUUUCUCUUUCGCCGCAUGAGGUUGGAGGAUAUUGCGCCCGAUUUGGUUACCUAUAUAAGCUUGGCGCGCUCGUGCGGGUGUGAGGAAAAGCUGAGCUUUUUAAGAGCCGUUCACUCUUUGGCGAUAGCACAAGGAUUCGAAGCUGAUGCUUCCGUCGCGAAUACUCUGAUUGCCGCUUAUUGCAAAUGCGAGGAUUUGAGCUCCUCGGAGUCGGUGUUUAGUGAGAUUGCUGCAGGAAUGAGGUCGGUCGUGUCUUAUAAUUCUAUGAUCGCGGGUUAUGCUCGUCUUUGCCUAUCAAAAGAAGCCAUUUUGCUCUUCUCUGUAAUGGCUCGGGACGGUAUUAGGCCCGACCUGAGCACUAUUUUGAGCUUGCUCUCAUUGUUCGCCAAUUCAGGCUCGUUAUUAGAAGGCGAACUUGUUCAUUCGCUAGGUAUCAAACUAGGUGUGGAUUGCGAUAUCUCCGUGAUGAAUACUCUAAUAUCAUUACAUUCGAAGUGUGGAGAUUUAGAAGCUGCGUUGUAUUGUUUCAAUAACAUGCCAAAAAAAACUUGUGUUUCGUGGACUGCUUUGAUCAGCGGAUAUGUGCAAAGAGGAGAUAUAAAUGAAGCAAUGGCUCUGUUUUCUUCUAUGGAAGCUGCAGGGGAGAAGCCUGAUGCUCUCACUAUCGUUGCUCUUCUCUCUGCUUGUAGCCAAGUUGGUGGUCUCGAUCUCGGUAAACAUAUGCAUGAUUACGUGCUCACUAACGGGUUCAAAGACGACAUAUUAGUGAGCAAUGCAUUGAUCGACAUGUAUGCAAAAUGUGGUAGCAUCGGUGAAGCUCGAAGGCUCUUUGAUAGAAUGAGCGGAAGAACUAUAGUAUCUUGGACCACCAUGGUUAUGGGUUAUGCCAUAAAUGGGGAAUUUGAGCAAGCUUUGGAUCUCUUCUCACACAUGGUGGAACAAGGAUUGAAGCCUAAUCGUGUAACCUUUCUCGCGGUUCUUCAAGCAUGCGUUCAUGGUGGUUUGCUUGAGAAAGGAUGGGACUAUUUCAAUCUCAUGAGUGAAGUUUACGGCAUAGCUCCAAGGUUAGAACACUAUGCUUGUGUCAUUGAUCUCCUUGGCCGUCGAGGAAGAGUGAGCGAGGCACUGGAUUUCAUUAGAAGGAUGCCUCUUGAACCAGAUGCAGGUGUGUGGGGUUCUUUGUUGGGUGCUUCGGUAACUCAUCGCGAAAUUGAAAUUGGCGAGUACGCAGCGAGCCGCCUUUUUAGUCUGGGGCCUCAAACUGGAGUGUCGUAUGUCGGCAUGGCCAACAUUUAUGCUGCGAAAGAGAGGUGGGAGGGCGUGGCAGAGGUAAGAACGAUGAUGAGGCAGAAGAAGGCGAGGAAAAAUGCAGGCCAGAGCGCCAUAGAGAUCGAUGGGCUCUUCCAUGCAUUCGCUGUCGAAGAUAGGUCUCACCCGCAAAGCUCACAGAUUUAUGAAGUCUUGGAUACUUUGUUCUUGCAGUUAAAAAAAAAGCAGAUGUAA